UACGGUAUAUGAUUUUUGAAGAACAAACACACAUUAUAAUAUGACCCUGCCUCCGCUCAAGCGAAUCGCUGACCUCGUUGCCCUGGACACAAAACGCGUUCUAACAAUCCUGCGUUUAGUGGACUUUCAUGCUGCAGUGCCGUCCUUUAUUCAAAUUAAGUACAGUUCUGAUGUUUCUUCCUUGAAAUUUUUAUUGAAGUGGACUAUAACAGAUACUCACAAAGAGUAAUUUCGGCCCCCUUUUGUAGCUGUAGUGAUCGAAAAAGCCAAAACCAUGGCGGAAACCGCACUUCAUCCGCGACCAUCAAUGCAUACGAUUCUCAGAUCAGACAAUAAUGCUCAAGGCAAUUUUAUGGAAUUAAUUGAAUAUCACCGAGCACUGAGGCAUACUAAGUUUCCAAGUAUCAAAGGUCCAGGAGGACAUUACGAUUUUCCCAGCUUUCAGGCACGAUACAAAGACAGUCCUGCAUUUAUAAAAUGGAAUAAACAUGCAGUUGCACCACACUACGGUUAUUCACUUGCUCCGCAUCGAGAUAAUCAUCCAAUCAUUGACCCUGCGUCAGGAUUUAUAAGUGCAGGAGCUGAUAAAGAUUUAGAAACAAAUGUCAAAAAUAUACCAUCAAUGGCCCAAUCCAGUGACAAAAUUCAGCAUGGCACUCCAUCAACUAAACCUCCAGAUAGUGCAAGACCCCAAACACCACCGAGUGAUCCACUAUAUGAUGAAAUGACUCCUCAAGAUAGAGAAGGUUUAUGGAGUGCAAGAAAAGUGACGGACAUAAAAUUAAGAGCUGAAUGUGGGGGUUGGACAACUGAUGAAAAAGCAAUACCUAAACCUAGCAAAGAACAUUCAAACCUAGCUGUUGGAACUUUCAAUUUUUCUGAUGAAAGUUGGAGAGAUAAAGCUGCAAAAAAAUAUAUGUUUACAAGUGGAACACAAAGCUCAUUUGAUUAUGUAAAUUGGGACAGUAAACUACCCCCAAAAAUUAAACCAAGACCAAGUACAAUGGAAAAGAUGGCAGAUCCAAUAUCACAGAGAUUUACAGAUUGGAUGAAAAGAUAUCGACCAACAUCAGAACAAUGCCAGAGAUUAGGAAGAUCUUGGGAUUGGUUUCAAGCAAGAAAUGGAUAUUUGAGAUCAAAAGACGUUGAUUACACAAGUCAUUAUAGACAAAGUGGUCACAUACCAAAUUAUGGAGGAAGUGUAGGAGCAGAUAAUUUUGAAGACAAAGACAAUCCUGAAGCAGAGUACAAUCCUUUCACAAGAUUGCGAACUCCUCUUCCAUGGUAUACAGAAACUGCAAAGCGACCAAAUAUCCCUGGAUAUGCUGGAUCUACUCAUUGGGUUGGUAUCCAUCCUGCACAUAGUCAAUUUCCAGCUCCUGAGCCACCGUCUACAGCAUACGUUCAUCGGCCUAUGCCAACACCACCGAACACAUCACCAUGGGCAAAAAGAGCUCCGAUGUCAAGAAUGGUGACGACCGUUCCACCGAAGAAUCCUUUCAAUACUAUUGAUGACAUUUCCGUUGCAUAGAGUUUUCAUUCAUACUUCAGAUCAGUUUAAACAAAUCCCACUUUCAAGGAUAUUUUUGUUAAUAUUUUAUAAUUUUUGUGCCAAAUUUGAGUUCGACUUUUUAAAUCAUGUUCAGCAAUAAUGAAAUUCUAGCACAUAUUACCUACUAUCCACUGAUAUUUGUAUUAUAAGUAUCCUAUGUUAAAAGCCAUGUAUUCUAACUUUGUAUGGAAAGAAGCAUAUCCAAGUGCCACAUGAAAUUUAGAACUUCAUUAGUGCCAUUAUCACUACAAUAUAUUAGGAUCUUUAAAAAAUUCACUAAAAUGACGAUCCUUAUUAUUUUUAUGUUCUUGUUAUUUAAACUUGUUAGCGAGUACGUUUGCUAUACUGUGUGUGAAGAUUUAUAUUUUACUAAAGUUCUUUUGUGCAUA